AAAAUGGCUAAUUUCUUUGCUGUGUUUUGUGAAUGAUUUGUCUUUCAGAUAAUGGUGUGUAGUAAUCACAUGAACAUGCAAGAUGAGGUCAACCAAGUAGUGAUACAUGAGCUAAUUCAUGCUUUUGAUGAUUGUCAGGCUGCUCCGAUGGUGAACUGGGCUAAUUGCCCUCAUCAUGCUUGUAGCGAGAUUCGUGCUGGCCAUCUUAGUGGUGAUUGCCACUGUAAACGUGAAUUUUUGCUGUGCCAACAAGAUUCGAGAAUUGUGAACAAGCUCAGUUCAUUGAUCAAGACCCUUUGCAGCAGCAAGUGCAAUUUUCAUUGAUCAAGACCCUUUGCAGCAGCAAGUGCAAUUUUCAUUCAUCCAUCAAAUUUGCAGCACCAAGUGCAAUUUUCAGUUCAGCCUCAGUUCACAGAGUAUAGGGCUUUUCAAUUAAGAAUAGGUAUAUUAAUUGUAAUUUGUUUUUUUUUUUUAAUAUGAAAUUGUGCAGUCACCAUUGCUAGAAAAAGUGUGUUUUCUGGUGAUGGGGGGCCCACAGUUUCUCAGUCACCAAAAAUCUGAUAGUGGUUUAUUGGGUAUAUGUCACGGCAGCAAUAGAAACCAUCAAGUAAUAGUGCCAAAGCUGGUGUCUAUUGCUAUCCCCACACCAAUCAUUGGUGUCUAUAGGAUCAACACACACCAUUCUCAAUGGUAGCUAUAGGCCAGUUUUGUGGU